AUGUCUGUCUCUCCUGAAGACGGGGCCUCCUCUGAAACAUUGAUAGCCAUCCUUAUGGGGUUUACGUUUACCGUACAUGGAUCUACCAAAGAAGAGACUCGCAAGAAAUGGUUGGCAAACCUGCAGCGAAAGGAUUUCGAUCCCAAGUCAUCGGCAAGGGCUCCAAAGCACAAGGGUCGCCGGAGAGUGACAAGGGCGAAGGACACUUAUACCUCAGCCAGAGAAUGUUCAACAGGGCAGCGAGAGGAGAGCGCUACAACGCAUCACCAGCUGUUGAAUAGAUAUGACUGCAGCGAAGGGUUCACCACAGUCAACCACAGCCUUAUGUACUCUUGCGAGCCAUCUCAAGAAGUGGAAGAACCAACAGCACAAACCGUUGCUGAAUGCCACAUUACAAUUGCUGCCAGAAUUUUUUCUACCACUUGUGAUAAGAGUGUCCAGUGGGAGGCAGAAGCAACGGAUCACCAUUAUGCAAGACCUUCAAUCACAGAUGGGAAAAAGACGUUUGACGCGCUGAUUCAGGCGAUUUCGCCACUGGCAGAGGUGCCAUUUACUUUGCCCAUCAAAGAUCAGAUACUGCUAACGUUAAUGAGGUUGAGGAAGGGUCUACUGUUAGGUGACCUUGCCCUCAGAUUCAGCAUCACCACUGCUGUAGCAGGUAGAAUAUUCAUGUUCUGGAUGGCAGUACUGGCAACAUUUUCCAGAGAGUUCCUCGCGAUGUGGCUGCCACAACAGACAAUUUUUGCAUCACGGCCUGGACAUUUCAAAGAUUCUUCAAUGGUUACAUGCAUUAUUGACUGCUUUGAAGUCUUUAUAGAGCGACCUUCUAACAUGAGAAGACGGGCAGGCACAUAUAGCCACUAUAAGCCACACAAUACUGCCAAAGUUCUUCACGUGAUAGCACCAAAUGGGUUCAUAAUGUUCGUGUCACAAGCAUAUGGUGGAAGAGCAAGUGACCGUAUGAUCACCAUGGACUCCGGCUUUUUGGAUCACCUCCUGCCUGGAGACGAAGUGCUUGCUGACAGGGGAUUUACAGUGCAAGGCGUAAUGCCGUAUGGUGUCGAACUGUCACUGCCAGAUUUCAAAAGAGGGAAGGAUCAACUGUCCAAAGAGGCGGUGUUGCGAUCAAGAAGACUUUCCAAGUUGCGGAUUCACGUUGAAAGAUCCAUUCGCAGAAUGAAGUGCUUCAGAAUUUUGAUGCAUGUACCCGCAGAGAUAUUUGCGAACAGUGAAUCAUUCGGUGACAUUCUUAUAGUGGUUGCUGGCUUAUGUAACUUGCAACCACUAUUAAUAAGGGAUUGA